AUGGUCAUCAGUAAUGAUCUCUCCCACGUUAACUGUCCAACUCCCACAGUGCCGCCACGGAUGGUCAUCAUUAAUGAUCUCGCCCACGUUAGCAGUCCACCUCCCACAGUGCCGCCACGGAUAGUCACCAUUAAUGAUCUCUCCCACGUUAACUGUCUCCCUCCCACAGUGCCGCCACGGAUGGUCACCAUUAAUGAUCUCUCUCACAUUAACUGUCUCCCUCCCACAGUGCCACCACGGAUGGUCAUCGUUAAUGACCUCUCCCACGUUAACUGUCUCCCUCCCAUAGUGCCGCCACGGAAGGUCGCCAUUAAUGACUUCUCCCACGUUAACUGUCUCCCUCCCACAGUGCCGCCACGGAAGGUCAUCAUUAAUGACCUCUCCCACGUUAACUGUCCACCUCCCACAGUGCCGCCACGGAAGGUCGCCAUUAAUGACUUCUCCCACGUUAACUGUCUCCCUCCCACAGUGCCGCCACGGAUAGUCACCAUUAAUGACCUCUCCCACGUUAACUGUCCACCUCCCACAGUGCCGCCACGGAUGGUCAUCAUUAAUGACCUCUCCCACGUUAACUGUCCACCUCCCACAGUGCCGCCACGGAAGGUCGCCAUUAAUGACCUCUCCCACGUUAACUGUCUCCCUCCCACAGUGCCGCCACGGAAGGUCAGCAUCAUCAACUCAGCGGGACUGGAGGUGAGCGGAGUGAUCGGUCCGUACCCUGUUGGUGGCGGCCUGGUGCUGACGUGUCGGGUGCUGGGAGGUCGGCCGGCCCCGCGGGUCACCUGGUGGCACGACAGCCUUCUGCUGGACGACAAGAACGAGAAGAACUCCAGCGACGUCAUCCAGAAUAUCCUGACGCUGCCCGCCCUCUCCCGCCAGCACCUGCACCGCGUCCUCACCUGCCACGCCGUCAACUCCAACCUGAGCAAACCCAUCCAUACGUCAGUCACCCUCGACAUGAGCUUCCCGCCGCUGGAGGUGAGCAUCGUGGGCACCAACCCCCCGAUGGCCGAGGGUCAGCCGUACUCCCUGGUGUGUGAGGCGGGCGGCUCCCGGCCCCCCGCCACCCUCUCUUGGUGGAUGGACGGCCUCCUGGUGGACACUGAUCACGACCAGGUGGUGAAGGAAGGGAACGUAAGCAGGACGACCCUUCACCUCACACCAACCAGGAACAACGACGGGGCCAUCGUGUCGUGCAGGGCGGAGAACCCGGAGAUGCCCGGGGCUGCCAUGGAGGACAUUGUCAAGCUCAGUGUUCAUUACACGCCGAGGCUGCAGCUGCGGGCCGGACACAACCUGUUGAUGACCAACAUCAAGGAAGGAGACGACGUGUACUUCGAGUGUGUCAUACAAGCCAACCCGCCGGUGGUGACGGUGCUGUGGUUCCUGCAGGGGGAGGAGCUGCACCACAACGUCUCUGCUGGAGUGAUCCUCACCAACCAGAGCCUGGUGCUUCAGAGUGUGGGGCGUCACUCCUCCGGCCUCUACACAUGCACCGCUGCCAACCAGCUCGGCUCAGCUACCUCUGAGGGCAUCCAGCUCAGCGUCAAGUUCUCGCCAGUGUGCUCGGAGCAACAGAAGUGGACCUACGGCAGUGCCCGCGGACAACAAGUUAACGUCAGCUGCGGCGUCGACGCCCACCCGGAGGCCCACACCUUCCGCUGGGCCUUCAACACCUCCACCGAAGUGGUCUACAUCCCCAAGAACCGCACACACUUCCACCGUAACCGCAGCGUGAUGGCCUACACGCCCAAGACGCACCACGACUUCGGCACGCUGCUCUGCUGGGCCGUCAACGAGGUGGGCCCGCAGCCCAAACCCUGCGUCUACCUGGUCGUCCCGGCGGCUGUGCCGGAGCCGGUGCACAACUGCAGCGUGUGGCACAACGCCAGCGCCGCUGGGGAGGUGGUGGUAUCGUGCGAGGCCGGUUGGAGCGGCGGCCUCACGCAGACCUUCACGCUGGAGGUGCGCCAGUUGAAGUCGUCUGGUGAGGCGGGGGUGGUGGUGGGGGCCCAGGAGCAGCAGCACACCAAGCCCCACUUCACGGUGACUGGCCUCGCCCCUGGGACGGAGUACCAGCUCUCCGUCGGAGCCUCGAACUCCCAAGGAGCCGCCACAGCAACGGUCCUCCUCCACCACACGCCCAUAGACGUCGCCGAGAGGCGUACCAGCGCAGCCGCAGCAGAGUCCUUCGGAGUCGAUCUGAACCUGUUGACGGUGGCGCCGAUAGUUGCGGUGGUGGCGGGAGCCGUGGCUUCCCUGGUGCUGUGUUCGGUGGUGCUGGCGCUAGUGAUCCGCAGCCGCCUCACCCGCAGCAGGAACCACAGCCACAACCUGGCUUGCAACCAGCCAGGGGCCGUGUACGACAAGGCGGCGUCUCACGCCAAGAGCUGCGACGAUGGGGGCUUCGACAGGCUUCAGCGGGAACCAGACCUAAUACUGGUAAAAGGAGGAAGGGAGCAAGGGGAGCAGCAUCCCGGAGCAGGAUCCAUCACCAGCGGCACUCCAGCUGCUGGCACCAUGACGACUGAGCACCAGGUGGAGACCCCGGACUCCGUGCGUCAGGAGGCCACCACGCUCGCUGCCCCGGCCUCCACCAUGACUAGAGUCACAACUGCCAGUCCUGCUGCAGGAGCCAUCGUUAAUCCAGCCGCAAGUGCCAUCCUAAAUCCCAGCUCCGGUGCCAUCAUGGACACAACCUGCGGAGCGGCCAUGAUGAACCGUAGCUCCGGCAUGAUUGACCCGAGUGGCGCCAUGUUGGAGUACAGCGGUGGAGGCAUCACAGCAGUCAGCAGCGGCUCCAUUUUGAAUGCCGGGGAUUCUGUGGAGAGCCGGAUGGCUCGCCCGAUGUCCGUGGCAUCACCGGCGACACUGAGCCGGUACCAAGGUCGUGUAGGGCGCUCUGCCUCCUGCACCGGACGGGGCAGCUCCUUCACCUUCACCUCCUCCUCCACACUGCCCCGCCGCUCCUCAGCCGUGGCCCUCAACCCGGAGUUCUUCCCACUCGACCUCAGCACCAGCAGGGAGAGUUGUGUUUAGUCCCUCAGUGAGCAUCAUGUAACCAGGGGCACCCCUGGGCAGGUGUUGAGCCAGGGGCAGUUGUUGAGCCACGGGCAGGUGUUGAGCCACGGACAGGUGUUGAGCCAGGGGCAGGUGACGAGCCAGGGGCAGGUGUUGAGCCAGGGGCAGGUGUUGAGCCAGGGGCAGGUGUUGAACCAGGGGCAGGUGUUGAGCCACGGACAAGUGUUGAGCCAGAGGCAGGUGUUGAGCCAGGGGCAGGUGUUGAGCCAGGGACAGGUGUUGAGCCAGGGGCAGGUGUUGAGCCACGGGUAGGUGUUGAGCCAGGGGCAGGUGUUGAACCACGGGUAGGUGUUGAGUCAGGGGCAGGUGUUGAGCCAGGGGCAGGUGUUGAGCCAGGGGCAGGUGUUGAGCCAGGGGCAGGUGUUGAGCCAGGGGCAGGGGUUGAGCCAGGGGCAGGUGUUGAGCCAGAGGCAGGUGUUGAGCCAGAGGCAGGUGUUGAGCCAGGGGCAGGUGUUGAGCCAGAGGCAGGUGUUGAGCCAGGGGCAGGUGUUGAGCCAGGGGCAGGUGUUGAGCCAGGGGCAGGUGUUGAGCCAGGGGCAGGUGUUGAGCCAGGGGCAGGUGUUGAGCCAGGGGCAGGUGUUGAGCCAGGGGCAGGUGUUGAGCCAGGGGCAGGUGUUGAGCCAGGGGCAGGUGUUGAGCCAGAGGCAGGUGUUGAGCCAGGGGCAGGUGUUGAGCCAGGGGCAGGUGUUGAGCCAGGGGCAGGUGUUGAGCCAGGGGCAGGUGUUGAGCCAGGGGCAGGUGUUGAGCCAGGGGCAGGUGUUGAGCCAGGGGCAGGUGUUGAGCCAGGGGCAGGUGUUGAGCCAGGGGCAGGUGUUGAGCCAGGGGCAGGUGUUGAGCCAGGGGCAGGUGUUGAGCCAGGGGCAGGUGUUGAGCCAGGGGCAGGUGUUGAGCCAGAGGCAGGUGUUGAGCCAGGGGCAGGUGUUGAGCCAGGGGCAGGUGUUGAGCCAGGGGCAGGUGUUGAGCCAGGGGCAGGUGUUGAGCCAGGGGCAGGUGUUGAGCCAGGGGCAGGUGUUGAGCCAGGGGCAGGUGUUGAGCCAGGGGCAGGUGUUGAGCCAGAGGCAGGUGUUGAGCCAGGGGCAGGUGUUGAGCCAGAGGCAGGUGUUGAACCAGGGGCAGGUAACGAGCCAGGGGCAGGUGUUGAACCAGGGGCAGGUAACGAGCCAGGGGUAGGUGUUGAACCAGGGGCAGGUGUUGAGCCAGGGGCAGGUGUUGAGCCAGGGGCAGGUGUUGACCCAGGGGCAGGUGACGAGCCAGGGGCAGGUGUUGUGCCAGGGGCAGGUAACGAGCCAGGGGCAGGUGUUGAGCCAGGGGCAGGUGACGAGCCAGGGGCAGGUGUUGUGCCAGGGGCAGGUG